AUGGCAAAGUUUAAGAUGAAAGUCUACCCGGACUGGCUCUUUUUUGUUUUGUUUCUUCCUUUAUCAAGUGUUUUGUCUUUCAGCGAGUUGUCUUUCAUCACAGAGCCCAGUGAUGUUACCUUAUUACCAAAGGACCCUGCUGUCCUGGACUGUCAGGCUCAUGGGCUGCCUCCAGUCACUAUCAAGUGGCUAAAAAAUGGAGUUCGGUUGGCAGAAAGUGAGCACAUACAGUUUCUGCCCAACGGCUCCUUGUACAUACCAAAGAUAAAGCAUACCAAGGAGGAUUCAGAUGAAGGAUUCUACCAGUGCCUCUCCCAGAACAAAUAUGGAGCUAUCCUAAGCCAAAGAUCACGUCUGACUAUCGCAAGUAUCUCAAAGUUUGUGUUACAUCCUGUGCCUAUGCUGGUGACUGUGGGCUUAGUGGCACGGUUCUCCUGUGCUGUCACCUCCAGCCCUCCCGCCACAAUCACCUGGGAGCUCAACCAAAGCACAUUACCAUUACAAACAGACAGAAUAACGGUUUUGCCAAAUGGAGUCCUUCAGAUACACAAUGUGCAAUUGGAAGAUGCUGGACAGUAUCGAUGUGUGGCAUCUAACAUUGGUAGCCUUUUGAAGAGUAAAGAGGCCACACUGACAGUCAACCAAGGUGUUGACCCUAAACCAUCUCAAAGGCCCAGAAUCAUUGCCGGACCUCAGAAUGUCACAGUUUCUUAUCACCAAACUGUGGUGCUGGAGUGUAUGGCCACAGGCAAUCCCUGGCCCAUCAUCUCCUGGAGCCGUGCUGACAGUAAACCCAUCGAUGUGUACAAAGCCAAAGUGCUGGGCAAUGGGAACCUGGUUAUUACUGAUGUCAAUUCCAAGCACAGUGGCGUGUACCUCUGCAGGGCAACCACCCCUGGAACCCGCAACUACACUAUUGCUGCAGCCAACCUCACAGUUCUAGUGCCACCAUCCAUUAUCGAGAGGCCCGAGAGCCAGACCCGUCCAAGAGCAGGCACUGCCCGUUUUAUGUGCCAAGCAAAUGGUGUGCCCCCUCCACGCAUCAGCUGGCUAAAGAAUGGAGAAGACGUUCACUUAAAUGGGAGGAUUAAGAUGUACAACAGUAAAUUGGUGAUUACCCAGAUCAUCCCUGAAGAUGAUGCCAUCUAUCAGUGCAUGGCAGAGAGUGAACAGGGUUCUGUCCUGUCGUUAGCUCGCCUUAUUGUUGUCAUGUCCGAGGACAGGCCCAGUGCACCAAGAAAUAUUCAUGCUGAGACCAUCUCAAGCUCUGCCAUCUUACUGGCCUGGGAGAGACCUCUCUACAAUGCCGACAAAGUCAUUGCCUACUCCAUCCAUUAUAUGAAGGCUGAAGGUCUAAACAACGAAGAAUACCAAGUUGUUAUUGGCAACGACACAACCAGCUAUAUCAUCGAUGACCUUGAGCCUGCUCGAAACUACAGCUUUUACAUCGUGGCUUAUAUGCCAAUGGGAGCCAGUCGUAUGUCAGACCAAGUCAGUCAACACACCCUGGAGGAUGUGCCUUUGCGUACCCCAGAGCUAAGUCUGACCAGCCAGAGCUCAACAGAUAUUCAGGUGACUUGGCAGCCACUGCCCGCCAAAGUGAGUCGGGGCCAGUUGUCUGCAUACAAACUAUCCUAUCGUACAGCUGCGGACAGCACUGUCACCUCUGUGGAGCUACCUCAGAACAGCACUGAAUAUCUGCUGAAGGGCCUGCAGCCUGACACCAUCUACCUGCUCCGCAUGGCUGCAGCCACCCGUGUCGGCUGGUGUGAGCCAUCUGCAUGGACCUCACAUCGGACACCUAAGACAUCCAGCAGCAAAGUGCCUUCAGCCCCUACUCUUCAACUUGAGCCGCUUAACUGUACCUCCAUUGUGGCACGCUGGCAAACCUCCCCACAAUCUAUGGCUGUUCAGGGUUACCGCCUGUGUUACCAUGAGGAAGGCCAACCAGAGCAGCCCAUCAUCAAGCUGCAGGCUCAAACCUAUACCUACACUAUCAGUGGCCUUGAUCCAAGGAGAAAGUAUCAUGUCAAGAUUCUGGCUGUCGGUCAAGCUGGAGAUGGCUAUCAGACAGACCAAACUAUUAGUACUCCAGGAUGUGUGUCGGCUAGAGACCAACUGGAAGUAGCUCCUCCACCUCCAGACCAUGUGACUGUCUUGGCCAACAAUUCAUCUGCAGUGUCUCUACGCUGGAGCCAUCCUGCUUUCUCCUCUGGAAAGGCUGUUAGCUAUACAGUCCGUUGUACACCUGUGGGCACCCACAACGCCUCUGCUAUACGCUACCUACAAACUACCAGACAGAGUGUGAUGGUUCAGAAUUUGGAUCCAAACACUCGCUAUGAGUUUGUUGUGCGUCUCCAUGUGGACCAGAUGUCGAGUCCCUGGAGUGCUGUUGUUUACCAUCAGACUCUGCCAGCAGCACCUAGCCAACCACCUGGAGGAGUGCGUGUAACUCUGAUCGAGGAUGACACUGCUCUGGUGUCCUGGAAGGAGCCCACAGAGCCCAAUGUGGUGGUUACACGCUAUACCAUCCUGUACGCUUCCCAGAAAGCCUGGAUGGCUGGACGCUGGCAAAUAUUACAGAGGGAGGGAAGCCACACAAUGGCCCUGCUGGAGAAGCUGGAGGCGGGGAAUGUCUACCUGGUGAAAAUCUCUGCCUCUAACCAGGUCGGUGAUGGGCCUUUCUCUAACAUUGUGGAGCUGGCACUGAGGCGUGGGAACACCCACCGCAGCAAGAACCCCAGGCACUCUGCCAGCUUCCCACAUACAACAGUGUCUUCUGAUGGUAUCUACCACAUAGACCAGAGGUCUAUGACAGGGAUCAUUGUUGGUGUGUGCAUCGCCUUGGCCUGUAUUGUUAUGUGUGCCUUAAUCCUCAUCAGUAAGGGCAGACCAAGAAAAUCCUUCAGUCACAAAGUAAUUGCUGUGGGAGCUGCUGAAGGUCCACAUGCUGGUUUGUCCCUGCCUAAUAACCACCAUACAGAGAAUGCUGAGGCCCUCAUACCCAUGAAAAGUCACCGCUUUUUAGAUGCCAAGGGUGGAGCUAAUAUGGUCAUAAAUAGUGCCAGUCAAAUCACCAGCACUAAUCAAAGCAAGAGAUGGCUGCUCUUCAAGAAGGCAAUAAGGAAUUCAGCUGAAAGUGAUGCUGAGAGGAAAGCCAACUUGUAUGAGGCUGGGAAAACUGUUCUGAGGUAUGAGGGGCAGUUAGGUUCAGCGCCCCUGCCACCUUCGUCCCGAGAGAUCAUCUACGGACCUUAUCACUCAGAGAGCUCUCACUCCAGUGAGGGCAGCCAAGAGACGGGAGACUCUGGACACUACUCCAACGAAGAAAGCAAUGAAGAGAUGAGCAACCCUUCAACCAGCCAAAGCUCCAGACCUGAAUCUUUUGGGCCUGACAAUGGUACCACUGUAGCUGAGCUGAAGCAGUCUUUUGAAGUGGAAAAUGAGAAAAUGCUGAGCCAUCCUUUCCAUCACACCGCCCCUGAUGCUAUCCGGUUCUGCUGCACCUCAGAGGGUUCUCAUCCUGCCCUGCACACAUCCCAAGCAGUUGGCUCCUGACAUCGCCCAGCCUGGAUCUACUCCACUUCUACCUCUUGGCUUACUGAGUUGAGCCCCUUGUUUAUUUUUUGAGGCACAAGGGAUCAGGGAGCCAGUCGCUGCGAUGGACAAAAUGUGCUUUUGCUUCGGAUCUACCUCAGGAUUUUGUAUGAAUGUUUUUUAUAACAUUUUAUUUCCAUUUUUUUUCUUUCUACCUGUUUGUCUGUGUUUGGUGUUGUCUGUCCUAAACCAAAGCUCACCCAUGAUGAAUGUUAAAAAGAAUGUCAAAAAUGUACAGUGAUACAUUUUCAUUACAUUGAAUUACUUUCCACUGGAACAGAGGGUGUAAUUGGGCCCUGUUGACUGAUUAUCUACCUCUGUGUUCUGUGUAUACAUUACUACCUCCUUUUUACCACAUAUUGUGCAGUAGAAUCUCAGACUCUGGAGACAAGGUGAAAAUAUGUCAUUGCCAUGUCUGUUGGGGGGUGUUAUUAUCUAGAGGUCCUCGUUUUUUCAUUUUUUAUUCUCUGAACUUUUUAUUUUCACGGUUGAAAGAGCUUUCGUUUUCCAUUGUUUGUCUUUGAAUGAUGUACGUUGUGUUCUGAAAAUAAGUGCAUUAGAUAUUGUCAAACUAUUUGAGCUAUCAUACAAUAUCGUUUGGCAUUUCCAGUGCACUGAACUCAAAGCUUUAACAUGGCCUUAAUAUCGAAAGGGCUUUGCAUACUAUAGAAGAAGAGAUCCAAAGACGGGAACAAUUGUACCCAAAGAGUUUUUUGAUAAUACAAUAGAUAUUCUAAUGCAACCAAAAAUAUAGACAUUAAGAGUGCGUUUGCCAAAAUAUUAUUCUUGCCAAUGAUGUAAAUUUCCCUUAGAAUGGUGGUUUGAAUGCUUUUCUCAAUGUACAUUUUCUUGAUGCUUUAUUCAGGUGAAAGCUUUAUCACAAGUCUCUCCGGCUUGUGUUCCAUUUGCCUUGUAGACCAUUGCUUAACGCAGCGGUGAUGCCGAUGCUAUUAUCCAAAGAGUUGUCUCCUUCCUCAGAUGGGUGUGGCUUUUCAUUCAAUUGAUCCUUGGUACUAUAAGGUGGACAUUUUUGACACAAGACCAAAGAUCAAGCUUGUCCUGCCAAUGAUAGAUGAUGAUAUUUAUUCUUUGUUUAGUGAAUCAUCUGUUACCGAUCACCAAUAUUGCUGUAUGGGGAAGAAUUCUCUUUUACUCUCCAUAAUAAUUCCUGUCCAGGUGUGACAAUGAAGGAUUCUGACUAUCAAAAUGGAAACCCUAUGUGGGAAGAGCAACAUAAUCAAUUUUUAUAUCUUUGUAAUACAAAUAAUCCUAACCAAAGAAAUUUGAAGUCUCUGUUAUUUAGUGAUUUUCUUUGGUUUUCAUUUACAUUAUUUGCAUUUAAAUGUGAUAUAAUUUCCAAUGGUUUUGAUUGCUAGAAAAGCUUUUUCACAGUUUUUUUUCAAAGCUUGAAAUGUUAAACUAUUCUGCUGUCUUUUUAUCACCAUGAUAUUUUACCCGAAUGAUACUUACGUAGGUUAUAUUGGAAAUUCUUUUAAUUUAGAUUGUCUUUUUAGCAUGAUGUAAACAAAACAUUUCCCAAUUUAAAUGUGACAUUUUAAUAAAUGAAUAAGGCUGGUGUCAAGUUAAAAGUUUCUCUGUGUAAUGCAUUAAUAUAAAAGGUUAAUUUUUAGAGCCACAGAUCAUUUUCUUCCUGACUCAACUCAGAUUCCAAAAAUAGAUUUACACUGUAGACUUAAAUGUUAAUAUUUAAGUUACAUUUUUUUACAUUUCUGCUUUUAAAUACAAAACUACAUCUUUUAAUCCCAAGUGAGCAUCAAAACAAAUGUUGCAACAGACUUUUUUGAUACUCUCGACAUGAUCCCAAAUACUAGAUAAUAAAAUUGUUUUUG